AGGCUUGAAUUGGAACUCGAGACCCGAGAGCCUGAAAGGACGCCCCAAAGCGUCAUGUGGCGGAGGGGCUCCUGAAGUUCGGUUAGCGAGGCGAGGGAGUCGUAGAUCGGAAGCUAGGAGCGCUCGUCUCCGGGGCCUGUUGCGCGAGAGGAGCCCCGAUCUCCCUCCACCAUGCCGGAUGAAAUUCCACUGAUGCCAUUCCCUUUGGAAGACUAUGAAGGACUGAUACCAUUCCCUAGGAAAUGGGACUUUGUCCUAGUUUGUGAUGAUCACAGGAUGAACAUUGAGAAGGCUCGCAAGAAAAAGAAGUUUCUGGAAGAACUGCACAGGAAAGGGUUCAUUAUCAAGGCAAUUAGGGACCAAAAGCUCUUUUAUGGAGUUCAUGCACCAAGUGGAAUCUUUCGAAAAUACCAGUGGCUUCUGAAUAAUCCUGAUAAUGAAUCGGAGCAUCUGUUUCCAGAGCAAUUAGAUUACCAACAGUCAGCAAUCACUUCAACAAGGAUACGUAUUGUGAGUUUUAUCCUGCAAAACACAGAAAUUCCAAAUACCAAAGAGAAGCUUCGUGACCUGAUAAAGAAGAAAGUGUUUGAAACUGCAUUUCCGUUACAUGAGAGAGAAAAUCUGGGUAGAUUUCUGAAAAUGAAUUGGGCUCAAUGGAGAGCACUCUUCUGUAGGCAACCAAUUGAAGAAAUCAGAACAUAUUUUGGGGAGAAAAUUGCUCUUUAUUAUGCUUGGCUGGGCUGGUAUACAUGCAUCCUGUUAAUAGCUGCUGUGCCCGGUUGUAUUCUUUUCAUCUAUGGCUCCAUCAGCUUCAGUUCCAGUCAGAUCAGUAAAGAAAUCUGUGAGGCCAACACUACCAUCAUGUGUCCACUCUGUGACCAGAAGUGCCCAUUUUGGAUUUUAUCAGACACUUGCACAUAUGCCAAGAUCACCCAUGUCGUUGACAAUGAAGGGACAGUUCUGUUUGCAAUGUUCAUGACCGUCUGGGCCACUGUAUUUUUGGAGCUAUGGAAGCGACACAGAGCUAAAAUUGUCAGUCGUUGGAAUAUGUAUCAGUGGGAUGAAGAAGAGGAGGAAGUGGCUUUGGAGCUCAUCAAUAACCCUGAAAAUACCUCUGAGGAGUAUCAGCAUUCAUAUAUCCGCAGUAUAAUUGUGCUUAUUUUAGCUCUUAUUAUGAUAUGUGUGCUGAUUGGGAUUGCCCAUGCCUUGGUCAUCUACCGGAUUGUGGUGACAGUAAUCUUUACUCAGUCCAAUUCAAAAUUCCUUCAAGAGAAAGCCACUACGGUGGCAGUCCUGACAGGUGCAGUGAUGCACUACUUGAGCAUCGUCAUUAUGACCAAGGUGAACAAAUAUAUUGCACACUUUCUCUGUGAAUUAGAGAGGCCAAGAUCAUUCAGCGAGCGAGAGAAAAGCUAUACCAUUAAAGUCUUCACCUUCCAGUUCUUCACCUAUUUCUCUUCUCUGAUCUACGUUGCUUUCUUCUUAGGGAGGAUUAAUGGCCAUCCAGGAUCUUAUGUACGUGUGGCUGGCAAAUGGAGAUUGGAAGAAUGUCAUCCGAGUGGUUGCAUUACAGACCUUUUCAUUCAGAUGUUUGUAAUUAUGACAUUAAAGCAAACUCUCAGCAGUCUCGUGGAGUACUUGCUUCCUUCUCUAACCUACAAGUGCCGCCUGCUGUGCAGAAAGCCCCAAAGGAUUAAUGUGGAGCAGACAUCCCAGGACCCAUGCAAGGAGGAAUGGUUGUGGAACUAUCAGCUCAAUGAAGUCAAUGUCUUCACCUUGUUUGAUGAAUACAUGGAGAUGAUGAUCCAGUACAGCUUCACCACUGUUUUUGUGGCUGCUUUCCCCCUUGCACCAUUACUGGCCUUUAUCAGUAACCUUUUUGAGAUUCGGUUGGAUGCUAUCAAAAUGGUGAAACUGCAGAAGCGAAUGGUGCCCAAGAAAGCUAACACCAUUGGUAUCUGGUACUACAUCCUAGAAACAAUUGGUAUACUCUCUGUUAUUGGCAAUGGCCUAGUUAUUGCCAUCACCUCAGAUUUCAUCCCCAUGCUGGUGUACCAAUAUACAUUCAGUCCAUGCAAGCAGAAGAACAAUAAUGGCAUUGACUGUUUGACAGGUUAUAUCAACCACAGCCUUUCAGUUUUCAACGUCCAGCAUUUCGAGAAUACUGUGAAUCUGACGGACCCAAUGGGGAAUAAGAUAACCCACUGCAGGUACCCAGACUACCGGAACAGUGAUGAUUACAGUCAUUCUGUUAAGUUUUGGCACAUUUUUGCUGCACGUGUUGCCUUUCUAUUUGUAUUUGAACAUGUGGCUCUAUGCGUUAAACUAAUUGCGGCAUGGUUGUUACCUGAUGAACCCAGAAGUGUUAAAAAUGAGCAACUGAACGAAAAACGCAAGAAACUAAAACUAAAACUCAGAGCAAUGGAUGAUUCCACAGAAAUAUAGUAAAACAUGAUGGACUUAUCACAGGAAGUGCUGAGUGAAAUGGUGCUACAAGCUUUGAAGAUGCCAGCAGAAAUCUGCAGCUAUCCCUGGUCUAUCACUUGCACUGUUCUUGGACUUUAUACUUUGUCACCAAAAUAGCUUUGGAUGGUACAACUGCUUUGAAAUGUCAGUGUUUUUAGGAAAAAUUAGACCAAGUGAAGGAAACAAUUACCAGAUGACAUAUCAUGGUCAGUGUAAUACAGCAUUGCCGAAGGCUAGAAGCAUUUUCAAAUGUUCCCAUAUUCUUCUGUAAGAAGUUACAGUCAGUAAAUCAUUUGUGACCUUCGUUGUCAAGCUAACAUCUACUCAGACAUGCUGUUUACCUCGUUAACUCAGACUGAUAAUCCGGUACUAUAGGAAAUCCCUAAACAGUCUCUCACUUCAUGUAGAAUAUCAGGAUCUUGUAUUGUUCUUCUUCUUCUUUUUUUUUUAAUAAUUUUUAUUAAUAUAUUCUAUGCACCAAUACACAAAUAAAAUAUACAGUCCUGCCA